AUGCAAUCUCUACUUCUCCCCGCUCCCUGGUUGUCCAAUACGCAUUUCAGGCAGCCUAGAUUCGACCUCGACCCUGGGCGGGUUUCCAUCCAUCUGCGGCCGUCCACCGCCGGCCUCAAGUCCGGCCUUCGGACUUCUCAACCUUCUUUCCUUAUGUCUGGUCCCCUUCCUACAGACAACCCGACUGAAAGUGCGCGAAACAUCCAGCAGCAAGCCUCUCGGGGUUCGGAGGUAACGACUACGAAUGAAGCCGUUGGUCCAAUCGUCUCUCCGACAGCUCCCGUUUCGAGAUCACCGGGAGCACAACACGUGAGGACGACGCAAACACAGAGUGUUUUUCCUCGAGACGUGGUACAUGGGCAUCAAGCCCCGGCUCAGCCCUCCAGUUUGGCCGGUGGAACUCCGGCCGCCUCGACGGAAACAACACACCUUCAGUCGGCGGCCCCAAGCACGACGGCGAGAACGCUUCCACCGCGAUCAACGAGACGCGCCAAGGCGCAUGUCGCUUCUGCGUGUGUGAACUGUAAGCGGAAACACCUGGGCUGUGAUUCAUCGAGACCCUGCCGAAGAUGUGUGCUGGCAGGUAAAACUGCAACCUGCGUGGACGUCACACAUAAAAAGCGAGGCCGGCCGCCUCUAAAGGCGGAAGAAGCUCCGUUAAGACCGUACACAGCAGUUGAAAGCUCAGCCGCAUCAAGAGAGUCGUUACAGACAACUCCAUCCAGCCGGCCCCAUGGUCACUCGCGAACGUCUUCUCGUGAAAUUCGACCGAUUACAGACCUUCAGUUCCCGCGAGCUGGAGAGUAUGGAGCGGGAACUGCGAGCGUUGGGAUGGAUCCGGUGGUGGCUCAUGCCCGGAGAUGGACUACAUAUCCUUCUCCCCAAAUGUCCGGGCCGUCGUCGAUCAUGAUACCAGGAGCUCGUGGUCAAAGACCGUUCUCCUCACCCGUGUCUUUGCCUUCAUCGGCAGGAACAAAUCCGCCAACUCCGUUUAUAACGUCUCCUGGAUCUGCAAUUUCCCCGCCCGCUGGUGUUUCCGAGUUUCGGCCCAUUCUGUCAUAUAGUGAUCGUCCGCACGUGGUCACUCCACCGACGAUUUCUCCGCAGCAGUACCAGCAGCCAUUUCCCCUGGCGCUGACACCCCUUAUGGAAAGUCCUCAAACUCCAACUCGACCAGCAGAGAGAACAGCGACUUCGAGAGAAUCGCACGAUCCGUAUCCCGAGCCCGGUCUUCGAUUGCCGCCGAUCCUACCUUCUACGAGAUCAUUUGGACAGAGCCCGCCGACCCAUCGGAGGAGUGGCUCCUAUCCUUACCCAACAACGUUUACGGGCGAAAGGACGCAGGCUCAAGAGCCUCAAUCGCAACCUCGUCUUCUAGAGUCUCCGCGUUCCUUGUUGGAGCCAUUGACUAGCCAGCCUGAAUUGCGAUCUCCUUUCCCCUCUGCCUCCCGGCCCACGAGCCUGGUCAUUGAACAUGAUCGACCAGUCUCCCAAGCACAGGAGAGCCCGGAGCAGAGUGCAGCGAGACCAGAGCGCCGCAGGAGAGACGAGGGUGACGAGGGUGAGGAUAGUCGGCAACCGACCAAGCGGCGACGCAUGGCGUUGGACGACAUAGUGAACGACUGA